AUGUCGAAAUACUCCUCAAAGUGGCUCAAGGUCUCUGAACCUUCGCCUUACGUUCUCCACGUCGAGCUUGCGCGAGCCCCAGUGAAUGCCUUCUCGACCGAGUUCUGGACGGCCUAUGGAAAGCUCUUCGACUCUCUUGUAGAAGAUGGCGUCGAUUGCAGGGCGCUGGUUGUCUCUUCCGCCUUUCCGAAGAUUUUCACAGCGGGAUUGGAUCUGAAUGAUGCCAAUUCUCUCGGCGGAAAUGGAGUAGACACAUCCCGAGAUAGUGCCAGAGCUUCGUUCGCCACAAGGAACGAGAUGAUUCGGUUCCAGCGUGCGGUUGGUGCUCCGGAACGAGCUCCUUUUCCCGUGAUUGUCGCCGUCCAUGGCCACGUCAUAGGGCUGGGCGUUGACAUGAUUUCGGUGUGCGAUAUUCGGUAUGCAGCUUCUAACUCUUCUUUUGCUAUCAAGGAAGUGGACAUCGGCCUCGCACCUGACAUCGGGUCUCUCGCCUUCUUACCAAAGAUAACAGGCAAUCACUCUCUCAUUCGCGAACUCACAUACACCGCCCGAACCUUCUCUGCGGCGGAGGCAGAGAAGAUAGGACUCUUGUCAAAGGUGGUUGAAGGGGGCCGCGACGAGGUUGUCAAGGCCGCAUUGGAGCUGGCCAAGUUCAUUGCGACAAAGAGCCCUGUGGCCGUUUCGGGAUCCAAGCAUCUCAUCACGCACUCCCGGGACCAUAGUGUACCAGAGAAUCUGGCUUAUACUGGUGCUUGGAACGCUGCAGCUCUCAUGACUAAGGAUAUCUCGGAGAACUUGCGAGCAACAAAGAAAAGGGAUGCAGCGCGCUUCGCGGCUUUAAAAAUCCCUUCAAAACUCUGA